AUGUACAAGGAGUUCUUGAGCAAUGCCAUGGGUCUGCUUAUGGAGGGCACUUUGCCACAUUCAAAACCGCAACUAAGGAAAGGAGGGAUCACCAAGAGGGAUGAAAUGCCACUGAACCCAAUUCUAGAAGUUGAGAUCUUUGAUGUAUGGGGAAUAGACUUCAUGGGACCUUUCAAACCCUCCUCAAACGGGCACAACUACAUUUUGGUUGCCGUAGACUAUGUGUCCAAAUGGAUUGAAGCCAUCCCCUGCCCAGCCUGUGAUGCUAAGGUUGUUAUCAAACUGUUCAGAACCAUCAUCUUUCCAAGAUAUGGCAUCCCAAGGGUUGUUAUUUCGGAUGGAGUGGGCAAGUUGAGGUCUCCAACAGACAGAUUAAAGGCUAUAUUGGAGAAGACUGUGAGCUUCACUAGAAAGGAUUGGUCAACAAGACUUGAUGAAGCACUUUGGGCUUAUAGAACAGCUUACAAAACCCCCAUUGGAAGGUCUCCUUUCAAUUUGCUAUUUGGGAAGGAUUGCCACUUGCCUGUGGAGGUCGAAUACAAGGCUUUAUGGGCAGUAAAGAUGCUGAACUUUGACAUAAAGGCAGCACAAGAAAGGAGGGCAGCCCACGACAAACUGAUUCGCCUAAAAGACUUCAAGGUUGGGGACAGUGUGCUCUUGUUUAACUCCAAAUUGGUGUUGUUUCCUGGGAAAUUGAGGUCAAAGUGGUCAGGGCCGUUUAAGAUACAUGAGGUUCUACCCUACGGGUCACUCACUCUGCUCAACCAAGAAGGGAAAGAAUUCACAGUAAAUGGGCAUAGAUGUAAGCCCUACCUAGGAAUGACCCCCACAGAGGAGAUCAUCACUCCUCUUCAAGAUCCAACCCCGCUAAGUCUUGCAGGAACAAGUUUUAGGGAAGGAAAGGCAACCAACUCGGGGCACAACUCGAUCGAGCCAAGAGCAAGCUCGAUCGAGCGAUGUGAACCUGGCCGAGUGGAGCGUCCCUGA